UUAACUUGAUUUCUACUGAUCGAGCUGGUUCGGCAUCAACAAAAGCUGUUCGUAAUAUUAGUCGGUGGUUCGAAGCUUGAAGUUACAAGAGAAUAACUAUGCACCUUUCACUGAAGAUCGUGGUCGUGUUGUUGGUGUGUGGAGUUAUGCUGAGCGACACCCAAGGCUUCCCUCCGGCUGGUCGUAAAAAGCAAGAUGGGCCGCAGGGACCUGACAUUCGUGGAAAUCGAAACAAGCCAACGCCACCUAGGAUACCGGGUGAUGUUCGCGGCGCGAGAAAAUUCUGUGGCGCCCUCGUGAACGGAAACAUCAAAAACGACAACGCGACGUUCAACGACGUGUUCACGAGCGCCACGAGCGUCUGUAAGGACGUGAAUGCUUGGAGUGCAGCCAACAAGCCGCCCGCAGAGGGAGAUUUGCAGGAAUUGUCCGAGGGCAACGACAUCAAUGACAACAAAGACAAGAGCGCUGUUCGGGUCCUGCUGCGUGUGUGCAGGGGCAUGGACAAGAAGAUCCCCGUUGACGACUCGACCCCGAAGCCCAUCCGAAGCCGCUUUGACGCCGUGUGCGAGCAGGCCAAGAAACUUGCCGGCCCCGGCGCCGAGACCCCGUAAAAUGACGCUGUUCCAACCGGAGACCUAGCUACACAUGUCUAUUUUGACCAAAAAAACAGUGAUUCGAGAUCAUUAAAUUUAGCUGUUAUAUUUAUUCCCUUUUGAACUAUUGAUUACGCGUUUAUGUUCAAAUUGGUUUUGAAGUUAUAUAGCUGACAAUGCAAAAAAAAACACCCACAAAUGCUUUACAGGAAACUAAUUUCAUAUUUAUGAAGACUUUCGAGUACUAUCAUUUAAAGUUUAGUCUCACAAAAAUGGGCAACAACAAACUUGGCGUCGUUUAUGAUUUAUUGUCAACAUAUCAUAAAGAAUACUGAGCUUACACUUUAUUUAUUAAUUUAUUAAGUAAACAAAUAUAUACAUUUCUUAUGCUAGAUAUAUCUCUAAAUACUAUUUGAACUAAAACAUACUACAAAAAAAUCACAUAUAUGUAUGAUUACAAUAAAAAUUUAUAAUAAAUAAAAUACCUGUUGAUCUAAGAAACUGUCAUUAAGAUCCUAAAAUUGUUCCAUUGUAUGCCCAAAC